ACCUUUGGAACGUUCCAGUGAAGAUGUAGAUAUAAUAUUCACACGCCUGAAAGAAGUGAAAGCUUUUGAGAAAUUUCAUCCAAAUCUUCUCCAGCAGAUAUGUCUCUGUGGAUAUUAUGAAAAUCUGGAAAAAGGAAUCACAUUAUUUCGUCAGGGUGAUAUUGGGACGAACUGGUAUGCUGUUCUGACAGGCUCACUGGAUGUGAAGGUUUCCGAUACAAGCAACCACCAGGAUGCUGUGACAAUAUGCACUCUGGGAAUAGGAACCGCUUUUGGAGAGUCCAUUCUGGAUAACACUCCUCGCCAUGCAACCAUCGUUACCAGAGAAUAUAGCGAGCUCCUUCGGAUUGAGCAGAAGGACUUUAAAGCACUUUGGGAGGAAAACCCACACAAAGUUAAGAAUGGAUCACAGAUAUUUAUUAUCCGUGGUACCAUGGGAGAAAUAGGAGAAGGCAACAAUGUCAGUGUCAUUAUGGUCAAA